CCAAGAUACCUGCCAGCGUGUUUUACAGCCUGCAUUGCCUUCCUCCCUCCCACUCCCACGAGCAGUUGGACAAUUGUUGUGUCCAAGCAAAUGAUUGAGCUCGGAGCUCGUUUUGAUAGAAAUCUCGUCGGCAUAACUUAGAUCACACAGCCAAACCUCGACCUCGAUCACCAAGCUAAACGACAGUGUGUUUUUAGACCGCUCACACCGCAUCUGUUCAGCUAACUCACGUUCAAUCAACAUUAAUCACCCUAUUUGCCUCGUCUACCUGAUUCUUCUGCGCGGUGCCUGCGGAAACAAGCGAAACUAAACGGCGUCAUAGUGCGGCGAAGAAUCGCGGCAUCGCAUCUCCCCUUCGGAGCAUCGUGUAACCAUUGUGUAACCAUCGUGCUGCGCGGUCACCGUUACGUAACCAUGAGCUGCUCGACUCAUCGCGCAACGGAGCAUACGACGACAGAGCGGGUCUUGCAACACGUAACCGCUGCGAUGCCCAGGUUACCAGCAGGCUGCGGUUCGCACGCGCAGCUUUUCCAGCCGACUCCUCGCUUUGUGAAUGGAUCCCUGGAAAUUUACUUGGAGCCGCUCGAUAAAGGCACAACCGAUACAAGCACCCUUGAAGCCACCCGUGUGCGUGUACUGGGCUCACGACACGGCUCCGUUCGUCGACAACGGAUCGUUAACUUUGACAGAAACAUCGUCGAAGAAGCUAACGUGAAGUCCAGUGACGGCUGGAGUAGUCGGCGCCUGGAGAUUCUCGGGUCGCGAAACGGAACCCCGCGACGCCAAGUAGGGUCAGGAGGUAUUGCGAAGGGCACGCUAGGAGGGACGUGCGUGGGGGGCUCGGUUCUCGUUAGUGCUGGCUCGAAAGAAGGCAACGUGGGGUCAGAUUACUUGCCAUCUUUACGCUCAAUCUAGGUUUCUUGUACAAUCAUUUUUUAACAUUACCAAUUUAUUGUUGACUAUAUUUUGUUUAGUGAAG